AUGUCGUACCAAUACCAGCAACCGAACGGCACCUGGUACCCUGGCUACGGCUACAUGGGCUGGCCCCAGCAACCUGGUUACUACCACCCUGGCACCAACGACCCCGUGGAAGGCACCCCCUAUCAUGCCCAGGGCAGUGGCCAUGAUAACAACGUGCCCGUCCCUCAUCACGGCGCUGGCAUGUCCUAUGGGUACUACCAGCCUCAGUUUUACCCCCAGCCCGUGUACCCCCCGCCUAUGCCGGCGGCUUACCCAGCUGCGGCCUGGCAUCCGGAGGUGCCUGCAUCGAAUGUGCCGGUUGAGCCAACUGGCGGCGCAGCCCCCGCAACCAAUUAUCAUCCCCCUUCCUACGCUAUGCGGCUGUGGAGGCAGCACGACACUAUCACUCCCCACACCACCGCAUACUCUGCGACCACCCCAGUCGAGCGCAACCGCGGCGCCCACACGCGCCACCGUCGUGGCCCCGGCGGGACGCCUUACGUUUCCCAAGAGCCGGCUCGCAUUGUGGAGGAUGGCGUCGUGGUCAACGAAGACGCCAUCGACGCCUACUGGAACCAGGCCGUGCCAACGAUGACGGAGCGCCAGGGCAAUUCUCAGUACAACGGAGAGCCGACCGCUCGCGAGACCGAGUUUCAGCGUCUCCAGGCUCUCAAUCCUUACAUCACUACGAAGGAGGUCAUGGACACCAUGUUACCCCCUGUCAAGAUGAAGAACCGACCAGGCCAUGCCCUCCUGAUCCCCCCCAAGAUACUCCGCUUUCGCCUGGAGCCCUACCUGGGCGCCCUAAGCCCAACUCAACUGGUCGCAUUAGCCGUGGCCUUCGAAAUCCUCGAGGGCAAGCGUGACUCUGACCACCACUAUAAGGCAAGUCUGGCCUACCUCGCCGUCCAGCGCAUUGCUCCAGACCUGAUCCGUUCCCUCCCGGACCUCUGUGGGCGCUGCGCCGAGCGCGGCUUCCGUGGUUGUUGGUACAUCUACCCCUACAGCUUGGCCGGGUGCAUCCAGUGUGGGGCCAAUAGCACGUGCUCCCACGGUGUGCUCGACAUCUAA